CACAAAUCACUCGCAAGAGAACUCUCUCUCUCUCUCUCUCUCAAACAAAAAUGUUGAGUCCUCUCCAAAUCUUCUCAAAAUCAUCAUCAACUUCUUCUUCUUCUUCUUCUCCUUCAUCAGCUUUGAGUUCUACCAAUAAGCUCAAGAACCUUAUCCAAACCCUCGUACUCUCCCACAUGUGCAGGCUCAUACGUUCUCUCUCCAAAUUCAAAGCCAUAAUCCUCAACAUCAUUAACAACAACUACGAUUCAACCAUUGAUUUCCCUCAUCACCACUAUUCUAGAAAGACCAAUAGGAUUAUUCUCGGUUCUUUCAGGCUCCACUACAAUUGGUGCUCGUCAAAAUCCUCUACUGCUACUCAUCACGUUCUUCCAGUGCUCCCAACAAAGAAAUGGAACACCGAGAAGCAGCAACAACAAGAGGUAGUUGGUGAGAAUUUCCAUGACCUAGAGCUUGCAGGGUACUUGCAGUGGCUUGAGGAGAAGCCUCAUCAUGGCGGGGAAGAAGAUCAGAAUUCGAAAGAGAUUAACGAGAUUGAUUUGAUGGCUGAAAUGUUCAUUGCGAAUUGCCAUGAGAAGUUCAGGUUGGAAAAGCAAGAAUCUGAUAGAAGGUUCCAAGAAAUGUUGGCUAGAGGAUUGUGACAAGAUUGAAGCCAAUAAUAAUGAUGCCACUACAACCGAAGUUGGUACAUACUAAAGUUAUUUUAAUGCAGUUAUCUUUAUACGAAGUUGAUGGUUAAAAAUAGUUAGAUAAUAAUAAUUUAAUCAAAUAUAUUAAAUUAUUUAACAAUUCUUAACUAUUAACUCUAUUUAAAGAUAACUGCGUUGAGUUUGUUGAUACAUAAUUUCGACCGUCAUCACUUGUAUGUUUUUCCUUUCAAGUUUGCGUUCCAAACAACUGCACUGCAACCACAAUUCGGUUACUACUUGUUAAUUAUUAUUAUAUCCACUACUACUACUGUGGUGUGUGUAACUUGAGGAUUUAGGGCGUAGGUUUUUAUUUUGUAGUUCAAAUUAAGUUUCCUCUUUCUGUUCAAAAAUUAUGAUACAGAUACGAGUCUUAUUAACAGCUUGUAUUUAAGACAAUAAAUAAGUUUCAUGGCUGGUAAGACUCGUUUUCUUAUUGUAAUUUAAAGAGUACGACUGUGUUAGAGAUAAUACAUGAGGUGUUAGAAGUGUAUAGUACUAUGUAUAAAUUUCUUUUCUUCUCUUUAAUUUGUUGUAUGCAUUAGAAAGAUGAAGAGGGUGGAGAGGGAAUUUAAGGGGUGAUUCAAGAAACACCAAGCACAAUAUAAUAAUUCUUAUUCUAUGGCUAUGGUGUUUUUACCAUGCAGCUUCAGGCAAUGUUUAAUUGUUUAUACGGAA